CGACCCCAUGUGACGCACGGGCUGUGAGGAUAGCUGUAGUGGAGAACUCCAGAUUAAUAUAGACAAUCGGAAGUUCUUUAACGUGCACUGGCAUCAUACACCACAUAGGUGCAUUUUGCAUUUCGCCUCCAUCGAAGCGCGCCUGGACGUGCAUUAUCUUGAGUUGUAGUAGCAAUUACACUGUUUUGGUGGUACAUCGGGGGAUUUUCCUGUAAAAGAGACUAUGCUUACUUUUUGUUAUAUUUUUGCAGGUUUAUCAUGAGAAAUUUCGUACACGUCGUGAGCAGAAAGGAAGUUUUAAUUCCACGCGAUGUUCCUGCCCUGAAAGACAGUGCUUUUCCGACAGUUUUUCCGAAUCUUCCCACGUACUUGACAAAGACGCUGCCGAAAGAGAGGAAAAGGAGACUGGGACAAUGCUCAUCCGUGCCUGCGAAAAAGUGCCGCAUAGACGACAAUGAGGCAUGCGAAUCGGUUCAGCUCGCUCCAAAUGACGAACUGGACAGAGCGAUUGAUGAAGUACCAGCGAAGCACUUCAUUUUUGGACUUCAACUGCCAUCAGAGUAUUGGUCACGCCAGACGUUCCAAAACAAAAAUGUAUCUUACCAAACGGCUGAUUACCAUAAAAGCCAAGUUCCUCCAGUUGCCUUCAACAAGGUAGCCGUGUUCGAAAUCGUAGAACAAGCUUCAGCAUGCUGCACAGUUUUCCUGGCUGGUCAACUUCACUGCCGGCAUACCAUUGCAUCUGAGCAAGAGGCCCAAGAGCUUCUGGUAUGUGCAGAAAAGCUCUCUGUAUGUGAUGGAGUUGGACAGACCAAUGAGUUCCAGCCACUAGAUGUGUCGGACUGCACAACAUUAUCUGGACAUGGCAUGUUCUCCACUGGUUGUGAGGGAUCCAUGUCACAGGAUGUGUCGACCCAGAUGCCUCAGCGGUGUUUGACGUGCAGAAAAGUGAGGCGAAUACUAAUGGCUCGCUUGUUGCGCUUAAAAAAUAAAGUGCAACGCCCAGUUGCACUGGUACUGACUGCGGCAAGGCGACUCAAAUGUGCUGUUCGCACUUUGAGGCGGCAGAACAGAAAAGUUCACACCCUGCAUGAAGUCGUCCGAAAGCUAAGACAAAAGAAUUCCUGUAUAAAGAAAAACAGUUUUGAGGCAAAGAUCAAGCAGCUUCCAAAAAAGCAACAGUGUGCUGUCCGAGCACGUUUCGAGGCAUCGAAGCGCUUAUCCCUGCAGGAAUAUCGAUAUGAUAAAGCGUGGCUCUUGGAGUGUAUGAUUUUAAGGAUGAAGAGCCCAAGACUAUACGAGCAUUUGAGGGGCCACAAAAUCCUUGUACUUCCCAGCCGUGUGUGCCUUCAAAAGUACAUCAAGGUAUGCGACUACCUUUUUCCUAUUGAGUAUAAUUUAAUAACUCUUAUCUUAUAUUUGCAGGCUUUCCAAGCAUCUUUUGGUUUUAGUCGUAAACUUCUUGAGUGCGUGAAGGAGAAGGCCAGCGAAAUGGAUGAAAUGAACAGGCAUGGUGGGCUAGUUAUUGAUGAGAUGAAAUUUUCCACUCACCUGGACCUCAAAUCUACUACUGAUAUUGAAGGCUUCGUAAACCUGGGGCAGUUCACCGAAGCACAAGACAAGCACACAAAAGCUGAUCACGGCCUAGUUGUUAUGUUUCAGCCUUUCGUGGGAAAAUGGACACAGGUCAUAGGUGUAUUUGCUUCCAAUGGAAAUGUGAAGGCACUAACGCUAACAAAGAUAAUUUUGGAGGCAAUUCUUCUAUGUGAGCCAGCUGGUCUGCAUGUGGACUACAUCUGUACUGAUGGUGCAUCAUGGAACCGUGCCAUGUGGCAUAACAUGGGUGUACACGGAAAUGCUAAACAUGUGCGCUGCAAGGUUCCACAUCCAUGCGACAAGAAGCGGUUCCUGCAUUUCAUCUCAGGUUUUCCCCAUCUUGUGAAAUGUGUGCGAAACACUAUGAUUAGGCAUGGCUUCAACACACACAAGGGCCGAGUAUGCGUGCUACUUUAUUGCCUUCAUUAUUUAAGAUGUGGUGCAUCUGGAAAGAAGCGCUGGUUUAAUAACCAUUAUCGAAUCUUGCAGGCUCAUUGGGAACAUGUUGCAACGACAUGGAAGGUCGACAGCAGUGCCUUGACAUUGAAAGUUGCACCCAAGUUGACAUAUUCACACAUCUACCCUAGUGGAUUUGAAAAGAUGCGGGUAAACCUGGCCUUCAAUAUUUUCAACAGUGCAGUUGUGCACGCCAUGGGCUUACGCAAAGAAAAAAUUGAGCAACAGUACUCAAAUCUGGAGCCAACAAGGGUGUUCAUUGACGUGAUGGCUCAAACAGUUGAAGCCAUGACAUCACGGUUUCCAGCUGAAGCUUUGAGGUAUGCACACAGCAACAGUGCUCAUUUUCGUGUGCCGGUGGUAAAUGCUUUUCAUGUUGUUUCAGACUUGGCAGUGCUCAAGAAACUGCACUUAACAGCAUGCUGGCAUUUCUGGAUCAGUGGGAGGCCCAUGCAAAAGGGCUCGGCUUCUUAAGCAAGGGCACAUCAGAAGGUCUGCGUGUGACCAUACAUUCCACUAAAGACCUCUUGACGUAUCUAACUGAGAAGGUUGGGUUCAGGUUCUUGAUGACUUCCCGCCUCAGUCAGGACUGCUUGGAGGGUUCAUUUGGUAUUGUGAGACAGUCCAGCGGAGCCAAUGAUCACCCCACUCCUGCGCAGUCCAU